AUGCCUUCCAGCUCCAGCAGCAACGCCCUGUCGCAGCAGCCGGGCCUCGCAACGAGGGGCAUCCACCAGGACGCGCCCCUGUCGGGACCCGAGGUCGCUCCGAGCAUCUCGACCGCGACCACGUUCCGCCACCCGACCCCGGAGCAGAUUGCCGCCGCGCCGCCGGGGACGUUCGGCGACAAGUGGGACCCGUCCUCCCCCUCUCGCGACAUCUACUCGCGCUACACGCAGCCGACCCUCACCCGCGCCGAGACGGUCCUGUCGAGCAUCAUCGGCCGGCCCACCGUCGUCUACCCGUCGGGCAUCGCCGCCUUCUGGGCCGCGCUCCUCCACGUCAGCCCGCAGGUCGUCGCCUUUACCCCCGGCGAGGGCUACCACGGCUGCCACACGUCCCUCGAGGUGUACCGCAAAGUUCGAGGCGAGGACCAGCGCAUCAUCCACCUCGACGACGAGUACCCGACCGACCAGAAGGUCCUCGUGUGGCUCGAGACGCCGCUUAACCCGACGGGCGAGUCCCGCUCGAUCGAGGCCUACGCCAAAAAGGCCCAUGCCGCAGGCGCCGUCCUCGCAGUCGACUCGACUUUUGCGCCUCCACCGCUGCAGGACCCGUUCAAGUGGGGCGCCGACAUCGUCAUGCACAGCGGCACCAAGUACUUCGGCGGGCACUCGGAUGCGCUCAUCGGCACGCUGAGCGUCAAGAGCAAGGAGGACUGGCUGCAGCUCUGGCACACGCGCACCUAUACGGGCUCAAACAUCGGCUCGCUCGACGCGUGGCUCCUCCUGCGCUCGCUGCGCACCCUGUCGGUCCGCGUCACGCGCCAAGCCUCGACCGCGACCGCCCUCGCCCAGUGGCUCGCCGCCCUGUCGCGCAGCGACGCCGGCGCCAAUCUCGAUGGACCUGGAGGUGUCGUCGAGCACGUGUGGCACACGAGCCUGCAAGGCAACGCGCGUGAGCUCGUCGGCGAGGGCAAGCAGAUGUCGAGCGGGCCGGCCUGCUUCGCCAUCCUCCUCAAGGACCCGGUCUACGCGACGCACCUCCCGCACAAGCUCAAGUUCUUCGUUCCUGCGACGUCGCUCGGCGGCGCCGAGAGCCUCAUCGAGCAACGACUCGUGUCCGACCCGGGCGCCGACCCUCGACUCGUCCGCAUCUCGGUCGGCCUCGAGGACCUUGACGACCUCAAGGCGGACCUUAUCGAGGGGUUCAAGGCCGUGCAGCGAGGCGCAAAGCUGUAG